AUGAAAUGGUUGAUUGUUGAGAUAAUUGAGUAUUCAUUUUCUUUGCCUUUCAUUUUUUUUUUCUCCGUUUCUAUAUUUUUUUUUUUUUGCUGUUCCUUUUCUUCAUCAACACAAAUGAUUUUAUCACCACCAGUUUACUUAGGCGAUAGACAUUGUGGUUAUUGUGGAGAUUCCAAACAGGAAGACCAUUAUGCAUUGGACUCACAGGUGAAUUCACAUUCUCAUAAGGAGUCUGUUAUUAUGGGGACAAGUAUAUUACAAAUGUCGUGUCAAGAAUAUGACGAACUUAUCAAUAUGGGGUUUAGAAGAUCGGGCUCAUUCACGUAUAAACCGGAUUUACUCAAAACUUGUUGUCGACAAUAUACCAUUAGAACUAAUUUAUCUAUGUGCAAAUUGACUAAAGAACAUAGGAAAGUGGUUAAUCGAUUUGUUAAAGAAAUAUGUCCAGACUUGCCUGGACUGAAGAAAAACGCGUUUGAUUUGAACCGAUUGAAAGAAGCUCAGAUACAAUCCACCAGAUUCAGAACCAAGUUUGAACCAUCUGGGUUUAGCAAAGAAAAGUUUGAAUUGUACAAGAAGUAUCAAGUUGAAGUACAUAAUGAUGCACCCAAUGAUGUAACUGAGGAGUCGUUCAAAAGGUUUCUUUGCGAUACUCCAUUCCCAGAGGAACAAGUCCAAGGUGAUGAGUCCCAGUUCAGUGGUUUAGAACUAAAAUCUUGGAAGACAUCCAGCAAGCCACGCAUUGGUCCUACGCAUGAAUUGUACUAUCUAGAUGACAAGUUGAUAGCUAUUUCUGUUCUUGAUUUCUUACCUUCUGGCGUCUCUUCUAUUUAUUUUAUUUGGGAUCCAGAUUAUGCUCAUUUGAGUUUGGGGACUUUAUCGGGGUUGAAAGAAUUGCAAAUGUGUCAGGAAUUGGGGUAUAGUUGGUAUUAUUUGGGAUAUUAUAUCGAGGAUUGCAAAAAAAUGAAGUAUAAACUGAAAUUUGGUGGUGAAUUGCUUGACGUGUGUAAUGAAGUAUACUUUCCACUUGAACUGAUUAACAAUUUCAUCAAGAAUGGUAGAUUGUUUGUUGUCGGGGAGAAGGAUGAGCUGUACGAAGAUGAAUUGGAGAUGGAAAAUCUGGGGUGUCCCAUUGAUUACAAAGACAGUGACUUUUAUGGCAAGGAGUUGACUAAUAUCGCAGAGACUAUAUUCGCCAAUGAUCUGGUCAAUGCCAAGGCUGAAAAAGCAAGAAAGGUUUUAGAGAGAAAGUUUAACAUCAAACGCAGCAAGUCUAGUGUUCCCGAUAUUGUUCCUGGCAUAAUUCCUUUGUGGCAAAUAUUAGAAUGGUUUGAUACCGGAGUUCUAGAUGAUGAAUUCCCAGUGGAGAUAUUCAUGGGUGGUGCGAUGUAUGAUUAUACAUUAGGGGAAUUGAACUCAUAUGGUAGAGGUGUAAUAAUCGAUUGUAUUCGAGUUUAUGGUAUGGAAAGAGUACAAGAUCUGGUAUUGGUGAUGUAA